CCCUUCCUUAAACCCCAUAGUAACAAAAGCCCCCCAGCACAGCCUCUCUCCUCGCAGCCUCUCUCUCUUUGGUGCCCGAUUAAACUGCACUCAAGAGGCAACAAUGGCGGGGUUCGUACCUCCAGGUACAACGUUGUUAGGCAAUGAAGCUACAUCAGAAGCAGCCAAAAAGAUCAAUGAGGUUCACAAAAAAGUUGAUUACUUGAACCUUCCUUGUCCAAUCCCCUAUGAAGAACUCCAUCGUGAAGCACUCAUGUCUUUGAAGCCUGAGUAUUUUGAGGGGAUGCGUUUUGAUUUUACCAAAGGACUGAAUCAGAAAUUCUCUCUCAGUCAUAGUGUGAUGAUGGGGCCUAUGGAAAUUCCUUCUCAAUCUUCAGAAGCCAUCAAAAUCCCUACUGCUCACUAUGAGUUUGGUGCUAACUUUAUAGACCAAAAGACAAUGCUUAUCGGGAGGGUUUUGACUGAUGGGAGAGUAAAUGCAAGAGUGAAGUGUGAUUUGACUGAUGAUCUUGCUUUAAAGGCUAAUGCUCAGCUUACAAAUGAGCCUCACAUGUCCCAUGUCAUGUUGAACUUCGAUUACAAGGGUAAAGACUACAGGAGCCAGUUGCAACUAGGAAAUGGUGCCUUAUUUGGUGCCAGUUACAUUCAGAGUGUGACCCCUCAUAUGUCUUUGGGUGCUGAAGUAUUUUGGGCUGGUCAGCAUCGAAAAUCUGGUGUUGGAUAUGCUGGUCGGUAUGAGACGGACAAGAUGGUUGCUGCAGGGCAAGUUGCUAGCACUGGAUUGAUGGCUUUGAGCUACGUGCAGAAGGUUUCUGAGAAGGUUUCACUAGCUACAGACUUCAUGUACAAUUACUUAUCAAAGGAUGUGACUGCUAGUGUUGGCUAUGAUUAUGCCCUCAGACAAGCCCGUUUGAGAGGAAAGAUUGAUUCCAAUGGAUGCACAUCCGCCUUCUUGGAAGAACGCUUGAAUAUGGGUCUCAAUUUCGUUCUUUCUGCAGAGUUGGAUCAUAAGAAAAAAGAUUACAAAUUUGGAUUCGGGUUGACAGUGGGCUAAUUUAAAGAGCUGAAGGCAUCCGACCUUGUAUCAGCAAAUUCCGCAUAAAACCUGCUGCUCGCAGCUUGGCAAAUUCCUGCGUCAACCUUGCCUUUUGUUUGAACAGUUCCUUCUCUUUGCCUACUUUGAACUGUUUUGAGAAAACAUUAUUUGUGCAGCAGCAGCAGCUGCAGCCGGAACAGGUUUAGCUGCAAGUAGUAUUCAUUGAAUUGGUAUAAUUUUGCCUGCAUUUCUAUAGCUCUACUAUGAAAUUAUCGAAGAGAAGCGUCCACGCUUCUCAUUUCGAAUCA